UGGAAAGCUUCCAGCACCACUCCAUCACCAACUCCAACACCGACUCUCCCCUCUCUGUGUGCCCGACGAGCGCUGCCUCCACCGCUGCUUCCGUCAAAGCGGCAGCGCGCUACUAGUCUCCUGUGAGCCGCAUGCACACGCUCCUCCGUAACCACCAGUACCCGAGUGUUAUGUUCAGAUCCAGGGAUAUCGGGGGGAUUUUGGGACGGAAAGACUCUUUACUGGACCUCUAAACAUCUCUCCGCCCUGCACCUUCACCGCUGUGUGUGCUGUGUCCCGGGCGCUUGUUUUUACGCAGCGGAGGCGUCGCUGAUUUACCCGCAAAAGGGAGAAACUCAACAGUUGUUGCUGCUUAUUGUUUGCAUGUCGACAGGCACCUUACUACAAUGUGGAGGCUACUGCGAUCGUGUUGUUGCUGCUGGUGGAUUUUCUCUCUCAUCCUGCCUGCCUGCGUGCUGCUCUGGGCCGACUGUCAUCCCGGAGCGCUGACAGGAAGCCAAGCCGAGUCCCAAGCCCCUAUCCAAGGCCUUCGCAGAGCUGCGGCCGGCGGGACACGACCCCGGAGAGCCACCGAGGAGACCUACUGGGCCUACUCAGGUAUUUAUGGGCCUGAUGAAGGAUGGUCGUCAGCCUACCCAGAAUGCAGAGAGAGAAACCAGUCACCUAUCAACAUCGCCGACCAGGAUACCAAAAUAUCCACAGAGUAUCAGGAACUGACACUGGAGGGCUUUGAUGCUGAAUCCUCCAAUAAGACAUCCAUGAAGAACACAGGAAAAACAGUGGCCAUUAUGUUAAAGGAUGACUACUUUGUUCGGGGAGCAGGCCUACCAGGGAGGUUUAAGGCAGAAAAAGUGGAGUUUCAUUGGGGUCCUAACAAUGGAUCUGAAGGCUCCGAACACAGCAUCAAUGGUCAUCGGUACCCUGUGGAGAUGCAGGUGUACAUGUACAACUCGGACGACUUUGACAGCCUGAGUGCAGCUCUGAGGGAGCAGAGGAUCAUCGCAGCCAUGUCCGUCUUCUUCCAGGUGGGAGGGAAGGACAACCCUGCUGUGGACCCCAUCAUCCACGGCCUGAAGGGAGUGGUGCAUCAUGAAAAAGAAACUGUCCUGGAGCCCUUUGUGCUGAAGGACCUGCUACCGUCCGCCCUGGGAAGUUACUACCGCUACACCGGCUCUCUGACCACCCCGCCCUGCAGCAAGGUGGUGGAGUGGAUCAUCUUCAGCAGACCUAUCUACGUCUCCUACAAACAGUUGGAAGCGUUCUACUCCAUCUUCACCACAGAGCAGCAGGACCAUGUGAAAUCAGUGGAGUAUCUGCGCAGCAACUUCAGGCCCAUCCAGAGCUUGGACCAUCGCCACGUCUUCAAGUCAGCAGUCAAAGACGCCUGGAUGCCCGACCUGACGGACAGCAGCAGCGGACCGUAUGGCACAGAGGCUUCCAGAGCAUGCAGCAGCGCUCCCAACAACAUGAAGGUGCAGCACGUGAACGUCAGUGCUCUGGUGGUGCGCUGGGCCCGUCCAGAGGUCACCUACCACCCCCCCAUCCUCCACUUCCUGGUGUCCUACAGCUGGACCACCCACGACGACAGCUACGAGGAAACGCACCUCACCGACGCCAAACACAAACUGGAGGCCGUCAUCUCUCCCGUCUCCCCCGAUGUGCUGUACCUGUUCAGAGUGCAGGCCAUCUGCAUGAAUGACAUGCGCAGCGACUUCAGCCAGAGCAUGCUCUUCAGAGCAAACACCACAAGGAUCUUUGAGGGGACGAGGAUCGUGAAAACUGGAAUGCCCACCGUGUCUCCAGCCUCCUCAGCGGACAUGGCUCCCAUCUCCUCCGGCUCGUCCACUUGGACUUCCUCAGGAAUCCCCUUCUCCUUCGUCUCUAUGGCAACAGGAAUCGGCCCGUCCUCCAGCGGCAGCCAGGCGACAGUGGCAUCCGUGGUGACCAGCACUUUACUGGCCGGCCUGGGCUUCAGCGGCGGAGUGAUCUCCUCCUUCCCUAGCUCUGUUUGGCCGAGCAGAGCACCGACCAAUAACCCCCCUUCCGCUCGCCACAACUCUGAACUGAACAAAGAUGCUUCUGCCUCUGCCGUCACCACGGCCGCAGCCAAAGAUAACAGCGAAACCGAAGGUGAGGACAAAGAGAACAGCAAGGGUCAAGGAGAGGACGGGGAGAGUGAAGGAGAGGAUAAGGAUGAAGAGGAGGAAGAGGAAGAGGAGAAGGACAAGAAGAAGAAGGGGAGGAAGGGAUCAGGAGGUAUGGGAGAGGCAGGGAGUAAGGACAACAGGACAGCGGUAAAAGAGCCGCCCAACGAGACACCAGACGCAACUGCAAAGGAGAAAGAACCAGAUCCAAUGAACAUGCCUCCUGAUGAAGAUACCCACCUGGAAGCGUACACCCACAAUCAGCCUGAGCCUCGCACAGAGGCAACCGUUCAGACAGCAGAGCUCCCUGCCCUGAAGGACCCAGCAGGGACACGCAGCUCAGGGAGGGACAGGAAGCACCGGUCUUUCUCCAUCAACACUGACCGUCCAAGUGCCGUGACUAACCUGACCCACCAUGCAGACCCGGGGUCUGGAGGGGGACUGGGCCGUGUGGAGUGGCUGGUUCCUCUGGUGGUGGUUUCAGCUCUGACCUUCCUCUGCCUCGUCCUCCUGCUGGCUGUACUGUUCUACUGGAGUUCAUGUCAGCUCCAGCAUGCAGCAGCCUGCAUCCCCUGUCUGUUCCCCGGGAUGAACACUUUCUGCUCUCUGCUCUGUAUCAAAUACAGGCGCUGUUUCCAGACGGCCCACUUCUAUGUGGAAGACAGCGAUUCCCCCAGGGUUGUGCCCAACGAGACGACCCCCGUCAUCCCCAUUCCAGAUGACAUGGAGGCCAUUCCAGUCAAGCAGUUCAUCAAACACAUCUCUGAACUGUACUCCAAUACCCAACAUGGAUUCUCAGAAGAUUUCGAGGAGGUUCAACGGUGCACUGUCGAUAUGAAGAUCACGUCAGAGCACUCCAACCACCCUGACAACAAGCACAAGAACAGAUACAUCAACAUAGUCGCCUAUGACCACAGCAGGGUGAAGCUGAGGCCGCUGGCUGGGAAGGACUCCAAACACUCAGACUACAUCAACGCAAACUAUGUGGAUGGUUAUAACAAGCCUAAAGCUUACAUCGCAGCCCAGGGACCCCUCAAGUCCACCUUUGAGGACUUCUGGCGGAUGGUGUGGGAGCAAAAUACCGGCGUCAUCGUCAUGAUCACCAACUUAGUGGAGAAAGGCCGGAGAAAAUGUGACCAGUACUGGCCGACAGAGAACAGUGAAGAGUACGGAAACAUGCUGGUGGCUCUAAAGAGCACUAAAGUUCACGCCUGCUACACGGUGCGCCGCUUCACACUGCGGAACACUAAAGUCAAGAAGGCUGGGAAGGGGAACGGGAAGGUGCGGGCUCAGAGUGAGCAGACAGUGUUUCAGUAUCACUACACCCAGUGGCCCGACAUGGGGGUCCCUGAGUACACCCUGCCCGUCCUCACCUUUAUCCACAGAUCCUCAGCUGCACAGCUGCCUGACAUGGGGCCCAUGCUGGUCCACUGCAGUGCUGGCGUGGGUCGGACCGGGACGUACAUGGUGGUGGACAGCAUGCUGCAGCAGAUCAGAGCCAAGAGCACAGUGAAUGUACUCGGCUUCCUCAAACACAUUCGCACCCAGCGCAACUACCUAGUCCAGACCGAGGAGCAGUACAUCUUCAUCCACGAUGCCUUGAUGGAAGCCAUUCUGGGGAAGGAGACAGAAGUGGCAGCUGGACAGCUUCACAGCUACUACCACAACCUCAGGACACCGGAGCGCAGCGGGCGCACACAUCUGGAGAAACAGUUCAAGUUGGUAACACAGUGUAAUGACAGAUUCAUGGAAUGCUUCAACGCUCAGAAGGAGUGCAACAAAGAGAAGAAUCGGAAUUCCUCUGUCGUGCCAUCGGAGCGAGCGAGGGUCGGCCUGGCACCUUUGCCCGGCAUUAAAGGCACUGACUACAUUAAUGCCUCCUACAUAAUGGGUUACUAUAGGAGCAAUGAGUUCAUCAUUACCCAGCACCCUCUGCCUCAUACCACAAAAGACUUCUGGAGAAUGAUCUGGGACCACAACGCACAAAUUAUUGUUAUGCUGCCUGCCAACCAGGGACUGGCAGAGGAUGAGUUUGUGUACUGGCCCAGUCGGGAGGAGGCCAUGAACUGUGAGGCGUUCACUGUCACCCUUAUCAGUAAAGACCGACUCUGUCUGUCCAACGAGGAGCAGAUCAACAUCCACGAUUUCAUCCUGGAGGCUACACAGGAUGACUAUGUUUUAGAAGUUCGUCACUUUCAAUGCCCCAAGUGGCCGAAGCCGGACGCCCCCCUCAGCAGCACCUUUGAGCUCAUCAACGUCAUCAAAAAGGAGGCGUCCAGCCGCGACGGACCCACCAUCGUCCAUGAUGAGUUGGGAGCAGCGUCGGCCGGAAUGCUGUGCGCCCUCACCACACUGUCCCACCAGCUGGAGAGCGAGGGGGCCGCCGACGUCUACCAAGUGGCCAAGAUGAUCAACCUCAUGAGGCCUGGAGUCUUCACAGACAUUGGCCAGUACCAGUACCUAUACAAAGCUCUGCUCAGCCUCGGCAGCACCAAGGAGAACAGCCUGUGUACUCUGGACAGGGACAUUAUUGGGACCCUGGGGUCCAUGUCGGACCAAUCUGACCAGGCAGAGAGCAUGGAGUCACUGGUCUGAGAGUGGCCCUUCGGGGGCACGAAGCUUAGCUGGGUCCCUGAGCCCACAAUGGAGGCACUUCUCUUUGUAAAACGUCAAGGAACUAUUGUGAACAAGACUUUUUGAGGCCUUUUUGCCAGACUCUUGGUUAAAAUGAAUAACCUGAUUACUUUUUUACACUGAUAAAAAGUUUUUGAUAUUUAUUUUUUUCGCCAUUUUAUGUCUUAAUGUUCUCCUACUGAAGGGUUUGCACCCCCGUUUUUGAGUUUCACCACAGCGUCGGUAGGCAAUGGGAAACACUUUUCUGUCUUUUCUUGUUUGCACUAUAUAAUGUCAGUGUUACUGCCUAUACUAAAGCUGACUCACUUGGCUUUUUUCCACUCGAGCAAUUUUUUUUUUACAUUCCAUUGCUUUGGCCCCCAUCAACUGCUUCUGUGAAGGACAUUGUUCUGCCGGCCACCUGCCAGUUGAUUUAAAGUCAGUGGACGGAGGAAGGCACAGACUGUCCGCCUCAGUGAAACAAAGCUCAGUGUGACCUCCUCCGCCCUCCUCAUCGACUAUACUCAUAUCACCAUUUUUUUAUUACAAGAACCAAGAACUUGGAACCUCCUACCACAGUCAAGUCACAGUUGUUUUUAAAGUUGAUUUGCUCUUCACCGGUUGUUUUUUGUUGCCUGGUUUUCUUCUCACUAUCUCUUUUAUUAUCACACUCAUGUUAAUCAACCUAAGGUGGUGUAAAAACUACUACUGUGAAAUGUUAUUAUAAUUUCUUUGUAUAAUUCAUAUUAUGCUUUUUAAUAUAUGGAAAUACUGUAUGUAUACAUAUAUAAAUAUAUCCUUAUCAUAAUAA